AGGUGAACCACAGAGUUGUGUGUCAGCCAGACAGAGGCAGAAAAAGAUCCACUCUGCAGCACUGGUUCAUCUGGCGACUCCUGAAACUAAAGAUGCGGUCCACCCUCGUGGCUCUUUCGGCGCUGGCCACCAGCGCUUCUGCGACGAAUCUGAAGCAGCUGGAGUCAGCAAAGAAUGCGGCCAUUGACAAGGUGAUCGAGAUGUUGAAGGAGAUGGAGGGCCGGGGCCAGAAGGAAAAGCAGGAGGAAUCCGUCGCGUUCGCGGCCUUCAACACAUGGUGCUCCGACACGCAGGCGGAGAAGGAAGCCGACAUCAAGGAGUCCGAGCGCGCCAUCCAGCAGUUCCAGGCGCAGAUCGUCGACGCACAGGAGCGCAUCGCGGCCGCAACGGAAGCGAUCAACGAGGCGGUGGACACGCAAGAGAAAAUGAAGGAAAACAAGAAGGCCAUGAAGAAGGUGCGGGCCGAGGAGAACGCUGCCUUCGUCGCCGAGCACACCGACCUGUCCGAUUCCAUCUAUGCCUGCGACAAGGCCGUCGAAGUCCUGUCCGCCGUCCCGGAGAAAAAGGAGGCCGCGGUCUCCCUGCUGCAGCUGUCCAACAAGGGCCGCGUCGGCAAGCACUGGGACGCAGUCCAGAGUCUGAUGCAGACGUUGCAAGAGGUGAAGGACCCCUUCACCUCCGCCUCCGAGCGCCAGUCCGACACCGUGAUCAAGAUGGUCCAGGACCUGCAGAAAGACUUUGAGUAUCCUGUGCAAAAGUUAUAUCGUGUUUGUGGGAGUAGCGAAUUUGUGGCAUGAAAAACGCAUUUUUCUGUCUGAAUCCGGAUGAAAACGUGCGAAAAUAAUUUGUACGUACAAUUAUUUCGAUUUCGAUUUCCACUAUUGCGAUACAGUUUUGUGUUGCAUAGCACGCAGGAGAAGCAGGACCUGCAGAAGGAGGAAUCCGAGAAGCAGCACCACUUCGAGAUGAACAUGCAGGACGCUACGCAGAAGCAGGAGGCCGCCGCCAAGAUGGAGGCUGCCGAGACCGAGAACAAGUCCACCGCGCAAGCGGACGAGGGGAACGCCAAGAAGGAGCUGACCACGGAGGAGCAGUCCAUAUGAACUGCAAAAGUAUUGUACUCGUGUAAAUGCAUCACAAAUUUCCUAAGCAUGAGAAAUAAAAUUUGUAAUCCUGAUUUACCUUACAAAAAAGGUUUGCGAUGCAUGAUUGCAGUACGAGUACGAUACUUUUUCAUAGAAUAGUUCAUGGCUGACGACAAAAAGUACCUGGCCGAGAUCGUCGGUGACUGCAAGCAGAUACGUUUUGCAAAUCUAUUAUACCGUACAGGACGCAGAAGCAGAGAGGCGUAGUCUGAAGUCGUUUUUUUCGACCAAGGAGUAUGCGACGAUUUUUAGCAAGUAUGCACUCGAACAAGUGAGUGUGGGAAGAAAAUUGCGUACCGAGGGCAACAUCAUGCAUAUCUACUUGCCAUGUAUUGGGACGUCCUGUAGGGUACUGGUAGAUUUCCUAUGGAUAACGGAAGACCACCGACUACGAAGCCCGGCAAAAGUCCCGUGAAGAGGAACUGGAGGCUAUCGCCCAGGCCAUCUCCAUCAUGAGCUCCCCGGAAGUGCAGACCGGCAGUGGUCACUUGGAUGAGGCCCAAUCGCUCGGCUCCUUCCUGCAGCUGUCCGCCAAGAAGGCCGGCAACGACGACAGCGAUAACAAAUUGACCAACUUCCUGCGCUCCCGGGGCGCGAAGCUGCACUCCAAGAUCCUCAUGGAACUCGCGGAAUCUGGUAUGAAAUGGGGACGAGAUGUGGGUGAUGUUUUGGUGGAGUCAUAGAUAAAGACAUGCUCAUGCAUUGACUCAGCUGCGAAUGCGAUGCUGAAAAAGGAUAUCUUAUGUUUCAUGAUCCACUUUUCUUUGCAUGCAAUGUUUCUUAGCCGCGAGCCACGUUGCUUUUCUUGGCAUACGUCUGCUCACACUUUUCUAUCACGGAUCCUACCGAAACCUCCUCUCAUUUUCCAUCCCAUACUAGCCGAAGCCGACCCGUUUGUGAAGAUCCGCAAGAUGAUCCAGGAGCUGAUCAACAAGUUGAAGGAGGAGGAGAAGGCCGAGCUGACUAAGAAGGGCAUGUGCGACAAGGAGAUGGCUGAGAACAAGGCUGCCAUCGAGGAGUUCGAAUCCAAGGUCGCGAAGGAGAGCACCAAGGUGGAGAAGUUGACCUCCAACGUCGAGCAGCUGACCGCUGCGGAGGAGAAGUUCACCAAGGAGAUUGCGCAGUUGAAGCUCGAUAUGGCCGAGGCCAAGAAGAACCGGGCGACUGAGAAAGCGGACAACGAGAAGACCAUCACCGAGACCACCGCGGCGUCCAAGGCCGUGGACCAGGCCAUGACGGUGCUCCAGAGCUACUACAGCAAGGUCGAGGGCGCCUUCCUGCAGGUGAAGCAGCCGGCCUUCGAGGGCGGCGAGUACAAGGGCAUGGGCGGCGGCGGCGUUUUGGGUUUGUUGGAGGUCAUCAAGUCCCAGAUGGACCAGCUGAUCCGCGAAACCACUACGGCGGAGUCCGAGGCAGCCACCGCGCACGACAAGUUCAUGACGGAGGCGGAAACCUCCAAGGCCAGCAAGGAAUCCUCGCUCAACAGCACCCAGGAGGACCUGGCGCAGAAGAAAGAGGACCUGCUGAACGCCAAGGAUGCCCUGCAGGAGUACAAGGCCACCCUGGAGAACCACCUGAAGGAAAAGCGGGAGGUCAUCGACCCCAAGUGCAUCGCCAAGGGUAUAGAAGAUGCGCUUGUAGGCAUUCUCGUGAAUUGUGAAACUGCUUGUAUUUGGAGUUCAGAAAGCAAAAUGACAUCCUGAAUUUCACCGACAUCGGUUUCCCUUUCCUUUCAACCUUUCAAAAAACUUUCCAGGUGUCUCUUUCGAGGAGAAGCAGAAGAAACGCCAGGAGGAGAUCGACUCUCUGAAGGAAGCUUUGGAGAUCCUAUCCCAGAUGUAAGAUCAGCAGAUUCUUGUUUUGCCUUGUCGUUGGUUUCUCUUUUUGGCCGCGAAGCUGCUCAUGCGCUCUCGAUUUUUUCCUUCGCCGCAAGGGACGCUCAGCUUACCGUACCCUCAAGAGCAGCUCAACGACUUGUGAUUUUAGCACGUGGUGCGCCUGCCAAAACCGAUGUUUUGAUCGCAACACUAAGAGUUGUUCUGCAGUAGUGUACAAUGCACGUAAACAGACCACCUCCGCUCCGGAGGAAAGUAUGCACGCAACAGUUCGUUUUUCGUGCGCAAGGUCAGGCGCGCUAAAUUUCGCGGAGUUGCAUUCAUCAAUGAGUAAACAGACUUUUUCCUUAUUUUCUUGACAAUUUUCGGAAUGUUUAGCUGUACACUCGUUUCAUCAAUUUUAAAUACUACCUUAAGCAAAAACUACACUGUACUAUGGGUUGUGGGUAACGACUUUUUUUCAACCAGAUUAGUGUUAUUUACUUUAGCGAAUUUUGAUGAAUUACUUUAGCAAAACUAUUCUUUUCCACCGUUGAUGAGUGCUGGACUGAACUCUUGCGAAAGAUCGCCGUUUCAAAAAAAGUACUGUUGCGCUACGACCGGACACUACUGACCUUCUAAAAAACUUGGUGCAAAAUUAGAAAAUCUGCUCGACUGGUUGCUACGCGUGCCAUUGGCUCCGGACAGCGACGGAGGUGCCGCGCCACGUCAGCAUGAUCCGAACAGUGGUAUGCUUUCGCUUCUGUAGCAGGAUUGUAGAGCCUUUUUUUCGAGCCCCCAAAGUGCAGGCAAAAUGAUGUCGAAGAUAAUGUGCAAAAGAUCGGUUCGGUGAUACGAAAAUGUAAAUGAAAACCACGACGUUAUUCGGUAUGCAAACAAGAUAGC